ACUUUAACGUCUCCUGAGGAAUUAGCCGCAGCAGCAGCUGCCACUGAAGACGGGGUCCGACACAGACGGGGUGUCAGCGGAGGAAAUCUGAGCCACAAUGUGACGUUUCGGAGCCUGGACAAGGAUUAUCGCUGUCUCCAACCGUGGGCUGAUUUUCCCUCAAAAGAAAAGCGACUUUCGGCACGCAGAGCCUGCUGCGGAUCUGCGAGCCUCCACUAACGGGCAUCCAGAUCGUAGCUGGUUAAAAGUGCAGCUUUAGCUAUUGAUACAAGAUUUCUCUGAAAGUGCAUUUCCUCUCUAAAAAUGCUUUCAGGGCAUUGGAUUGGAUUAUCAUAAUCAGCUGUGUGAUUUAUAAUUGAUAACGGAGGACGGAGCUGCCGGACACCGCCCGGACCGGGAUUCCAUCUUCUUUGGGGAAAAGAAAAGGACUGCCAGCUUCCAGCAGACAGGCGGAAACGCUCACAGCACCUGGGAUGUUUGGAAAGUGAAAUUGUUUUAGGUUAUCUGUUUAAAAAAAAAAAAAAAAAAAGGCCCUUCCUGGAGGGAUACCUGCAUGAUUCUGGGAGCAGUCCAACCAUUCAGAGUCCCUAAAGCGGAUGCUUGGAUAAGUGAAACCCCGUUUUGUACUCAAGGACACCUUCACUGUCGGUGGGUGUAGUUUCUUACAGUCUGGCAGUAUUUGGGUUUUGAAGCACAACCCGGAGUAGGAUUUCUACAGGGACUUCAGAUUAUGGGGAAUUAAAGCUGUUUAGCCUCCCAGCACCACUUUUCACUGCUGCGUCUCGCUUUGGGUCCAUUUGAGGACUGUGCUCCCGUGAAACGGAACAUCUACACGGAUAGCUCUUCCGUGCCCAUUACCUCUAAAUGCGUUAUUGGAGUAACGUUACUUGGGCUUUGUGAUGCGAAUAGGAGUUUUAUCAACAGUCGUAUGACCUCCCCCCUACCACCCACCCAUCCUUCUCUUUCCAGGAUCUACGUGUACAUGCGUGUUUCUCGUGGCUGUGCACGAUAAGACCAGCGGCACCUGUAUUCCUGCUUCGCCCGUUUUCUCUUCUCUUCUGUCUGACCGCGCGCGUCUGUUCCGCUGCUUCUGCCGCUGCCCGGUUUCCCUCACACACUCACACUGUUUUAUUCAGUUCCACAAAACCUACCGAGAUAGCCUGUCUCCGUGUGUGGAGGGGAACGGAGUCGCGCAGGAGAGGAGACCGUGAGUUGGGAUAAGGUGCUGAGCCCGACCGGCUGUUCUAAAGCAUUUUAUUGAAGCGGGAGUUCUCACUGUGAUUUCCAUUAGUGCACCGACCGGCAAAGAAAGAAAAGAAGGUUUUGGGGGAGAGAAAAGAGACACGUCAAAAUGAGAGGAGUUGGUGAUCGAUGAAGGUGUCAGAACGGAUUGAUCUUGCAACCAGAUGACAGAAAGGUAGGAGGGCAUCCUUGUUAGCUUGUCAUCCUGUUGUAACCCUGGGGCCAGUGAUGUGACUGGAAUGUGAAUGUGAAAAGACCGACUCUACCUGAGGACUUCCUGCUUCCCCAAGAAACUCAGGCAAACCUGGCAGACUCUGAAGGACAACUGACUGAGCCAAUGAUAGACUUACAGGACUUUUAAGGAGCUAGUCCUCCAGUCUAGCUUACGAGGGCGUGUGCACUACACGGACGUGCCCGUGAACCCGGAUGAGCGCCAUCGCUGCUUUAUACCCUGUAAGAAGAGGACGGCCCCCUUCCCUGGUAAAGAGGCUGUUCUUCAUCAAAUCGAGUGGUCACAUCACAACCGGACUUGGUCCUGAUUGGCUCACCUUGUUGAAGAAAUACUGAAGCAGCAGGAGAGUAGCCAUGGAUGUCAUCUCCUUGCUGGUCUGCCCUCUCCUCUUCAUCCUCCUGUCCUCCCUCCCCUCCUGCUCCUCCUCCAUGCUGUGUCCGAAGCGGUGCACGUGCCAGAAUCUGCUGCCGUCCUACACGGUGCUUUGUGCCAAGACGGGUCUCCUCUUCGUCCCACCCAACAUUGACCGCCAGACGGCCGAGCUCAGGCUAAUGGACAACUUCAUCACGACACUGAGGCACCGUGACUUCGCCAACAUGACCAGCCUGAUCCACCUGACACUGAGUCGAAACACCAUCAGCCAGAUCAGGCCGUACACCUUCGCCGAUCUCCAGGACCUCCACGCCCUCCACCUGGAUGCCAACCGCCUCACCGUGCUGGAUGACUCCCAUUUCCAGGGCCUGGUGAACCUGAGGCACCUCAUCCUAGCCAACAACCAGCUGCACAGUAUAUCAGAGGGAGCCUUUCAGGACUUCCUCGAGACUCUGGAAGACUUGGAUCUGAGCUACAACAACCUGGUGGAGAUCCCCUGGGACACCAUCGCUCUGCUAGUCAGUGUCAACACCCUCAGCCUGGACCACAACCUCAUAGAGAGUGUCCCAGAGGGAAUCUUCUCCAACCUGCACAAACUGGCCAGGCUAGACAUGACCUCUAACAAACUGAAGAAAAUACCUCCAGACCCUCUGUUCCUGCGGAUCCCGGUGUACGCCAAAAUGAAGGGCUCUCCUCUUACGGCGCUGGUGUUGAGUUUUGGAGGGAACCCUCUGCACUGUAACUGUGAGCUGGUCUGGCUUCGCAGGCUGACCAGAGAGGAUGAUCUGGAGACCUGCGCGUCACCUAAAGACCUGGCUGGCAAAUACUUCUGGACCAUAAGAGAGGAGGAGUUUGUUUGUGAGCCACCAAUGAUCACACGCCACACCUCCAAGAUGUUUGUAAUGGAGGGUCAGGAAGUCAGCUUGCGAUGCAAGUCGAUUGGUGACCCUGAGCCUUCGACACAUUGGGUCAGUCCUGAUGGAAAGCUGAUUGGAAACACAUCGAGAACCAUCUGCUAUGAGAAUGGUUCCCUUGACAUCCUCAAGGCAUCCGUCAAGGAUUCUGGAAAGUUCACAUGCAUAGCAUCAAAUGCCGCUGGGGAGGCCACUGCUCCUGUUGAGUUAGUCGUCAACCCCUCUCCACACUUUGACCCCAAACUGGACCCUGAUCCGGGGCCUUCGGAUAUCCCUACAUCCAUUAAAUCCAAUAUCAGCGGAGGCCAAGCCCGCUCUGAUCAGCAUAGGGUCAGCGUGUCAGAUUUGACGUCCAGCUCUGCUACCAUCAGAUGGCCUCCACAGAACCACAUACCAGGAGUCCGCAUGUACCAGAUCCAGUACAACAGUUCCACAGAUGAUAUACUCAUAUACAGGAUGAUCCCAGCUAACCACAAAUACUUCCAACUGAGUGACCUGGCGUCAUCGCGAGAUUAUGAGCUGUGCGUUUUGGCCGUAUACGACGAUGGCAUCACCGCCCUGACGGGCACUAAGCUGGUGGGCUGCGUGUCCUUCACGACAGAGUCAGAAUAUGGACGCUGCCACUCUAUACGAGACCAGUUCUUGGGUGGAACUAUGAUCAUCAUCAUUGGAGGGAUCAUUGUGGCCUCUGUCCUCGUCUUCAUCUUCAUUCUCUUGAUGAAGUACAAGCUGCAUAGUAACCAUUACAAGCAGAAAGCUGCCGCACGCCAUGCCAACGUCUGUUCCCAGACCAACGGAGGAGGAGGAGGUGGAGCCAAUAUCCUUGCUCUGCCUCCAUCCUCCUCCUCUGCAGGGCAAGGUGGAGGCAUUAAUAGAAACUCCCAACCAUCAUCGUCAACAGAGGGGAUGGGAGGAGCUUCUCUUCGAGGGACGACUGUAGUGGACUUAAAUCCCGCCCAUGACGAUGACGCCAUUUCCCAAUAACACACAAGAAACAGUCAAACCCACAGCCCACCAAUCUCUAAGCCCAAACCAAUACUCCACCUCCCUCCCCCUCUUUUUUUAUUUGUUGCUGGUGCCUGGAGCCAAACUCCAGUUUAAGUCGAGGAGCAGCUCCUUUCAUUGAUUUACUUACAUUCAGCUUCACAGCACUGGAAGGAGAAGAGGUGGGAGAGGUGCCUCGUGGGUUGUCUGUUAACAUCCUCGUUGUGAGCCCUGAGUUUGGUGUUUGACCUGCAGAGACACCCUAACCUCUGACACCACGUCAUACCAGACCCACACAGCCUGUGACCUUUGGAGCCAGAGAAUACAAAGCCUACCUGCUGAUAUGCAAAAGACCCCACGCUGCUGGGACGGACAUGCUGGGUACAGGUCUGAGUCCUGGCUUUGAAGCCUGCUUGUGUUCGGUGCUUAACUGGUUCUUGAAGUUCUGGCUCAGAGGAAUCAGAGCAAACACUCUCUGAAGCUCUUUCUCUGCUUUCAAGGAUGUAAACAAUCCUCUGACGGGGCUCUGAAGGGUUUCCAUGUGAUCAGGUCUUUUCUGGGAAUAUACAGGACAGAUUUCUGCGGACAACAUUUUCCCUGGAUGUUCUCGUUGUCAAUGGUUGGCGACACCCCUCUUCUCUUUCCCCAGCAUAUAGUCAUAUGCCAAAGGAUUACAACAGUAUUAUGACAGCAUUAUUACAACACUGGGAGGACAUGCAGACUUCUGGAAGCACACCUCUUUUAGAAACUCCAUGUUGGGCCUUGGAUUGAAAAUAUGAGCACAUUGUCCACGUCUUGUCUCAAAGCAUCUAUAAUAAUAACAAACUGUCAAACUAAACCGUGAACUCUUCUGGCACUUUACUCAUAUGUUUUCAUCUCAUCUCUCUGCCCCUUCUUCUUUCGCUCUCUCUCUCUCUCUCUCUCUCACUCUGUCGCUCCCCUUUUCUCUCUGAUGAAAAGCUGACUUGUAUAUCCUCCAGUAUUACCAAUCUAACUCUUCUGGCUGUGGAUGACUUAGAAAAUGUCGAAAUAAUCGGUAUGUUUGCGUCCAUUGUGGAUCGGUUCUCUGUGUUGGAGUAUUAAAAAAAUAAUAAUAAAAUUGGUGCCCCGAGGACGGAGCCUUGGGGAGCACCAGCGGGAGGUGAUUCAGCACCUGCAGCACGCGUGUGCAGCUCUACAUGUGAUGGUGAAAAUGGUAAAAUGUGAUAACACUGGAAAGCAACUGUGCACGUACAAAACACUGGUGGACUUGACCAUAAGUGUUCCUACCACUAAACGCUGGCACCCGAAAUGGUUAAAUAUACUAAGCGGUUUAAAAAUGGCCAGCAGAACUUGCGCUGUCCUGUCCCC